AUUCGCGUGCUUAGUGCGCAUGUUUUUGAAUUUCCACAUUUGAUAUAAAACCCGCAGCAAAAAUAAUAAUACCUAACCUAAGCAUUCGUUUUUAUAAAUUUCGUAGAUAAGUAGUUGAAGGUUUGUUAAUUUAGUGCAAUUAUUUUUAUUCGAAUUAAAGUGAUACCAGUACCAGUGAUUGCCUUCCUAGGCACCUACCUAUACUUAUGAAAACUUUGGAUACACUUUUUUCAUAACUCAAAACAUAAAUUUCAUGUCAAUAUUAAUAAAUUUUUCCGAAUAAUGCAAUGGAAAAAAUUUUACCGAAUGUUCGAAAAGAUAAUUGCGUUUGGGAUUUUGUAUUGUUGAAUCCGUUAACGGAGGAGUCGUUUUUGAAAAACUUAUAUUGCAGAUACAAACAAUCGCAGAUUUACACAUACAUUGGAAAUGAGCUUGUUUCCGUUAAUCCGUAUAAAAAUUUGGAUAUUUAUUCUCGAGAAAUUGCCCUCACUUAUUUGUACAAAGCACCUUUUCAACUGCCACCUCAUAUCUUUUCAAUUAUUGCGACUGCUUAUCGUUGGCUCAACGAUAGCAAUGAAGAUCAAUGCAUCAUGAUGUCGGGGGAAAGUGGAUCUGGGAAAUCAGAAGCUCUUCGCAAAAUGCUCCAUUUUUUAUCAUAUGUGAUUCUAAGCUGUGAUGUUACCAUAACACAAAUGAAAAAUAAUAUAAUCAAUGCGAAUAAUCUCUUAGAAGCUUUUGGACACGCAUCGACAUGUUUCAACAAAAAUUCGUCCAGAUUUGGCAAAUAUCUAGAUAUUGAAUUCGACCACAAAGGUGAAGCAGUUUCUGCUAGCUUUACAUCGUAUCUUCUUGAUAAGGAUCGAAUAACUAAUCAACCAUUGGGUGAAAGAAAUUUCCAUAUAUUUUAUCAACUUUUAGUUGGCGCUGAUGUGUCGUUGCUGAAAUCUUUAAAACUGCAGAGAAACGUAUUAUCAUAUUCGAUUCUGAAACAAGGAGGAUCUGCAUUUACUUCAGAAGACGACAGACAGAAUUUCGCUACGGUUAAGAAAGCUAUGGAAGAAUUCAAUUUUACCUCAGAAACAAUCGCGAACAUUUUAAAAAUAAUUUCCUCGGUUUUAAAAUUAGGCAAUUUAGUUUUCAUUUCCGUUACAAAUAUCGAUGGAACGGAGGGCUGCGCGAUUUCUAACGAACAUGAAAUGUACGAUAUUUCGGAAUUGUUGGGUAUUAAUAUCAAUGCUUUUCGAAGUGCCAUCACUUGUAGAAGUAUUUGUGUUAAUCAACGUUCAAGUCAGAGUUCACCAGAAACGACUUUGGUUAAAUCAGAGAUGUCUGCUGAUGAAGCGGCGUAUUAUUCUGAUCGCCUAUGUAAAGCUUUGUAUAGUCGUUUAUUUACAUGGCUUGUGAAAACUGUCAAUACUAAAAUGAAGCUCGAGCCACGAUGUAGAAGAAGACACCUCAGCUUUUUGGAUUUAUUCGGGUUCGAAAAUUUUGAUAAAAAUGGUUUUUAUCAGUUCAUUAUCAAUUACUGUAACGAAAAACUUUACCAAGCUGUUUUUGAAUCGAAUAUACGAUCCGAACAAGAAGAAUAUGUCAGAGAAGGAAUUGAAUGGACGCCGAUUGAUUACGUAGGAACGCAUUCAGUUCAUGAUACCAAUGAAAAGGUAUAUGAUGAGCUGUUAUCAAUACUAGAUUGUUCGAACGACUUACGUUACCUAUCCAAUGAAGAAGAAUUGGCACAAAGGCUCGAUAAAAUUAAAAUAUUGGUUGAUUCAUCCAGCGAAGCAGGAAAUAGCAAAGUUUCGCAGCUAAUUUUUGCGAAUGCUUCGAAUUGUUUUAGCUUGCAUCAUUAUGCUGGAAAUGUUAUUUACGACGUUGCUAAAUUUACGCCAAAAAGUAACGAUGUACUUCAUAGAGAUGUAUCAAUUGUAAUGUACAGCGGUUCUCAUCCAUUAAUGAAAGCUUUAUUUCCUGAAGGAUCACCGGAAAUGUCAAGUUUGAAAAAAUUACCUGUUCCAAUUAGCAAACAAAUAAAAAUUGCUUUGAAUGGAAUAUUUCGUAAUUUAAAUAAUAGAAGAUUAUACUACGUAAAGUGUCUCAAACCAAACGAAAUAAAAGAACCUAAUAUUUUCGAAAUGAAUGUUGUUUUACAACAGAUCAGAUGUCAAAGGAUAAUUGAAACUGUACGCUUGAGAAGGAGUGGAUUUGCUUUUCGUCUUUCACAUAGUCAAUUUUUAAAUCGUUAUAAGAUGUUAUCAUUAAAAACAUGGCCAUAUUGUCGUUUGCCUGCUAUUCAGAGUAUACAAUAUUUGUUACACGAUCUGCCAAUACCAGCUGCAGAAUUUGCCUUUGGAACAACUAAAAUGUUCAUUAGAUCACCAAGAUCGGUAUACGAGUUAGAAGAAUUCAGGCGUCAGCGUUUAAACGAUAUCGCCGUCAUCCUUCAAAGCACUUGGAGAAAAUUUUCACUACGAAGAAGGUUUCAAAAACUUCGCAGAAGUCAAAUUAUUAUCGCUAACGCGUGGAAAAAAUAUAAAAAAAGAAGAGAGUUCGGAUUAAUAAAAUGCAAACGUCAGAUUGAUUGGGCCGUUGAAAUUAUCCAGCGACAUUAUAUACAGUGGAAACGAUAUCAGUUUUUGACACGUCUUAUUGUGGAAUUAUCUCCUCGCACAAUGUCACCACUGAAUCAAGAUUGGCCCUCUUGUAAUAUUAGAUUAGCCGAAGCCAGUUUAUUAUUGAGAAAAUUGCAUCAUAAAUGGAGAUGUCAAGCCUAUCGAUCUCAGUUCAACCAAACCACUCGUAAUAAAAUGAGGGAAAAAGUCACUGCCAGUUUUCUAUUUCGAAAUAAAAAAUGUUGUUACACAGAUAGUGUUCCUAAGCCCUUUCUCGGCGAUUACGUUCGUUUAAGACAAAAUACUCAAUGGAGAAGAUUAUGCUCAGGUGGAAAUGAUCAAUAUGUUGUGUUCGCUGAUAUUAUUAAUAAAAUCACACGAUCUACAGGAAAAUUUAUUCCUAUGUUAUUAGUAAUAUCGACUAGUUCAAUGAUGAUAUUGGAUCAAAGAACGCUUGAUAUAAAAUAUCGUAUACCAGCCUCCGAAAUACAUCGCAUAUCAUUAUCUCCAUUCGCCGAUAAUAUAGCAGUUGUUCAUAUUCAUGCUAGUGAACGAGAUUCCAGCACCGGCGAUUUGCAUUGUUUUUCUUCGUCAUCGAAUCUUCAAUCCAAUUCUGGUUGUUUUUUCGUCACAAAUAAUUAUUACGAAAAAGGCGAUAUAAUAUUUCAAAGUAAUCACGUCAUUGAAGUGUCGACAAAAUUAUUCCUAGUUAUUCAAAACGCUGUAGGUAGGCCACCGGAUAUUAAUAUUUCUUCGAUGUUUAACGCUUAUUUCCACCAGCAAAUCGUAACAAUUUCUUUUUACUGCAUCAAAUCAGCAAUCAAAGUUCCAUCGGAGCCUUUUAAAAUUAUACGCAAAGGGAAUAAAAUGGAAAUUUGUGUAUUCAAGGAUUAAAACUCUUUUUUAAUUACUGAUUUUGCAAUAAUAAUGUGAUAUUGUACCGUGUUUUGUUAUCUAUUUUUAAAGCACCAAAAUAUUUUCCGUUCAUGUGUUGUGUGUUCAAAUAUAUUAAACGUUAUCUCCGUAAAA